AUGGAAUUUCUGAAGGCCUUGGAAGAAGCCAAGAAGAAUGGCAUCAGUCAAGAACAGUUUAUGAAAAUCUGGGAUGUGGAGAUAAAACUGAAACAGCAGCAAGAAGAAGCUCGGCUGCUGGAACUCAAGCUUUCAUGUGGGACAGUUCAGGCAGAAGAAGAAGAUGAAUAUUUAUUAUGUUUAAGUUAUAUUUCUAAUUUGUUACUUCAGGAUUCCGUCUUGGCCAUGAAAAACCAGAUGAAAAGUUUGCUACAGAAGCACGUGAAGGAGGUACAGCAGCAGAUCAAUGAGCUGAAACUUCAACUCCAGCAUGAUAACAAGGCCAACUUUGAAGAAAUUACCAGACAGUUCAAAAGCCAAGGGGCCGCCACUGCUAUGGUGAUAAGAAGUGAACUUGAGAGUGUACUAGGUCACUACUAUGGAAACAGAAACUUUGCUCAGCAAGCGCCAUACUCUUGGGACAGUCUUCACAUGGGCAAGGGUGAAGCCAGUGGAAGUGGAUAUCAGAUGCAUGAUUCGCAGCAAUGGAAUCCAAGUCUAGAUUACAGUCAUUCUAGAGAUCUGUCAGCUAAUUCCGAUCAGUACAUGAAUGGUGAAUGUUUAUUUCCUUCAGACAAUGGUGCUGUCUUGUGUGUGAGGGGACUCGACGAACUAGUAUCUAGCGGUAAGAGUACUGAAAGCCCAGUGUACAUUCUAGAUGAAUCCAGAAUUAAAGUCCAGCUGUCCAUCUGGUUUAAAAGCAAAGGACACUUGAAUGCCCAGUUGUUAGUGUGGGGUGAUCAGCCAUUGAGACUUGCCAGAGUUUUCACAAUUACUGGAUUCAUUGAGAACAGAAAUUCUGGCUCUUACUCCCCUCUUCUUGAAGGAAAGAGCCAACCUCUGAAAAAACUGAAACCUGACCCCAAAAAAAUGGUUAAUAUUUCAGUUUGUCUGCAGACUAGCAAGGGAUCUUUUGAUAAUGUUACUUUUGAGGAGCUGGAAAAAAGAAACUUUGUUAUUGAUGAUUCAUUAAUCAUUAAGUGGUUUGUCACAUCAGAAGAAGCACAAGUAGAAUAA